UAGUCCCUAUAAAUUCCAUUCUGGUUCACUGAGAUAGUCCGAAAGUGUAAAGAAAGCCAGAGAAAAGAAAGAGGAAAAAUGGCAGCAGCGAAAGGAGUAUUUCUACAUCAUAUAGCUAGGGAAACAUCAGACCUAAAGCGCCUAGCUAAAUUCUAUCAGGAGGUAAUAGGAUUUGAGGUGAUCGAAAGCCCUAAGUUUAGUGAAUUUGAGGUGGUCUGGUUGAGGGUUCCCCCUGCUUUCUCUCUACACCUCAUUGAGAGGAACCCGGAGUCGAGGCUCCCAGAAGGACCUUUGAGCUCCACGGAGCCGAUCGCAGACCCCAAAAAUCUCCCAAGAGGUCAUCAUAUCUGUUUUGCCGUUUCCAACUUUGAUUCCUUCGUUCAAACCCUGAAGGAAAAAGGAGUUGAAGUCUUUCAGAAGACCCAGCCCGAUGGGAAAACAAAGCAAGUAUUCUUUUUUGACCCAGAUGGUAACGGCCUGGAAGUUGGGAGCUGGGAGGCUCCAAAGAUAUGAGAGCUGAAGCUGUAUAUUUGGUACAUACCAAACCCAAGUACACAUUUGCGUAGAUGAAAGUAUUACUGUCUAUGUAAACAAACUGGUUGUAAUCAGCUUUCUUAUGUGAACUUAUGUAUACUUUUAGUGAUUUAGAUCUGUUUUUUUGCGGCUGUGGCUGUUUAUCCACUGUAACCAAUUAAACCCACACUAAUGGGUAAUAAAUGAUUAUGCUCCAAGCCGAGGCAGGGGAA